AUGGCUGAUACUAUUGGGCCAUCUCCAGGUCGUGAGGCCGAAGGAGCUAUAACUAUUAUAGUAUCGCCUCUCAUUACAGUCUUAGCCAUGAUCAUUGGUUGUUCUAUACUUGAUGAUACUGGUGAAACUGACUACCAGCCGCUGUAUAUUGCUGCUCGGAUGGGCGCGUUGGGUGGGCCUAUUGCAGCGUUGUUUUGUGUGUUGAUCUCCGCGGCCCUUUCUUUUGAGGAAACUCUGGAAGAUUCGCUCGAGCCUGUCGAAGUCAUACGACUCAGUCGUAAGGUGGAAGGCGUCCGGACAUGUUGGGGCAUAGUUACUCCUUACAUGAUUGGAAUUGGAGGAGGUCCGAUAGGCUCUGGGAUCUUACGUGCGGCCAAUUUGGCACACUCUAUCUCUCCGAUUUCGGCCGUUAGAGCUACAGCAAUUGGCGGGAUCUUUGCAACGCCAAUUUAUUAUCUUGCGGUUUACCUGGUGAUGAUAUCCCUGAGGCCUUGGACUUCGCCGGAGGAUAUUUUGGAGGAAAUGGCAGCGGAGUCAGCCAUGUCUAGAAGUCAAUCCAGCCAUGUCUAG